AUGCUGUGUAUUCACCUGUCUUCUGCAGCCAGUGCUGGAGAUAUUGCUUUUCCAGUUGGAUUUGCUUGGGAUGCAGCUACAGCAGCAUAUCAAAUUGAAGAAGGCUGGAAUGCAGAUGGAAAGGGCCCUAAUGUCUGGGACAUAUUCACUCAUCAGGGAGGAGAUCGAGUUUUCAAGAACCAGACUGGUGAUGUAGCUUGUGGCAGAUACACUCUGUGGGAGGAAGAUUUGAAAUGUAUCAAACAGCUUGGAUUGACUCAUUAUUGCUUUUCUCUUUCCUGGUCACGUCUGUUACCUGAUGGGACGACAGGUUUCAUCAACCAGAAAGCAAUGACCGAUGAUUCUUGA